GUGUCUUUGGGAUAUAUGGAAAUACCACACAAUAUCACAGAAUUUUUCAUGCUGGGACUGUCACAGAAUCCAGAAGUACAGAAAGUUCUCUUUAUGGUAUUUUUGAUUAUCUAUGUGGUAACAGUUUGUGGCAACAUGCUUAUUGUAGUUACCAUCACCUUCAGUCUCACCCUCACCUCCCCCAUGUAUUUCUUCCUGGCUAAUCUUUCCUUUAUUGAUACUUGCUAUUCUUCCUCCAUGGCCCCUAAACUCAUUUCUGAUUCUGUAUAUAAGGCAAGAAUCAUCUCAUAUGAAGGCUGUAUGACUCAGCUCUUUGGAGCCCAUAUUUUGGGAGGUGUGGAGAUAAUCCUGCUUAUAGUUAUGGCCUAUGACCGCUAUGUGGCCAUUUGCAAGCCCUUGUACUACUCGACCAUCAUGACUAGGCAUCUCUGUGCCCUGCUUGUGGGGGUGGUCUGGCUGGGAGGCUUUCUACAUUCAUUGGUUCAGCUUCUUCUGGUCCUUCAGUUGCCCUUCUGUGGGCCCAAUGUGAUCAAUCACUUUGUCUGUGACUUAUACCCCUUGCUGGAACUUGCCUGCACCAACACAUGUGUCAUCGGCCUGCUAGUAGUCGCCAAUAGUAGCAUGAUCUGCCUGCCGAACUUCCUGAUGCUGGCUGCUUCCUACAUUGUCAUCCUGCGCUCCCUAAGGUCCCACAGUGCAGAAGGGAGGCGCAAAGCUCUAUCCACCUGUGGGGCCCACUUCACUGUUGUCUCCUUGUUCUUUGUGCCUUGUAUAUUUACCUAUAUGCGUCCAUCCUCUACUUUAUCUAUAGACAAAAACAUGGCAGUGUUUUAUGGUAUUCUGACACCCAUGUUGAAUCCACUCAUUUACACCCUGAGAAAUGAAGAGGUAAAAAAUGCUAUGAGAAAGCUCUUCAUACAGUAA